AAUCAGUCGCGCUAAUUGGAAUCCACUAAAAUUCUUGAAGAUGGGUCUUAGAUUUGACACUUGUGCACACCAUGACGUUUUUACUUUUUUUCCAUUACCCUAGCCAGUUCCAGUUCGCACGAUAGCCUUCAAAGAAAAAAAGCACAACUUCCCUGUCCUUUUUAUCUAAUUGAUGAAGAUAGCCCCACUAUCGACAACUGUGUCCCUCUUUGAUCCUCGACGGCUGGCGUCUUUACACAAAGGCGACCAUUCUGUCUUGCCCGAGACAGAAUCAUUCGCUACCAUCCGUCGCUUAAAAGUCAAUCAACCCAAAGCCUCGAGUAACGUCGCAACCAAAGCUGAAGCCUCACGUUCAUUAGAGUAACAAAUUAAGAUAUACCUAAUUCACUGAUCGACGGCAUCGUCAAGUCAAGAUGGUGUACGUACGGCAGGAAUUCCUGCCGAAUCUGAAGGCGUACAAGUACUCGGGAGUCGACCAUUCAUUGACAUCCAAGUACAUCCUGAAGCCGUUUUACACCAACUUCGUCAUCAAAUGCUUUCCCAUGUCGAUGGCCCCGAACCUAAUCACAUUGACCGGAUUUAUGUUCGUCGUUGCCAACUUCUUUACCUUGUUAUGGUACAAUCCCACGCUCGACCAGGACUGCCCUCCAUGGGUUUACUAUUCGUGGGCUGCCGGUCUGUUCUUGUAUCAGACUUUUGAUGCGGUGGAUGGGACCCAAGCACGACGAACCCACCAGAGUGGACCUCUCGGCGAGCUGUUCGACCAUGGCGUCGAUGCCCUCAACACCGCCCUGGAAGUCCUCAUCUUUGCUGCCUCCCAGAACAUGGGACAGAGUUGGUACACCGUCGCCACGCUUUUCGCAUCCCUCAACACCUUCUACGUCCAGACCUGGGAAGAAUACCACACCAAGACACUCACCCUCGGCAUUGUCAACGGGCCCGUCGAAGGCAUCCUGAUCCUCGUCGGCGUGUACGCGCUAACGGGAUACAUGGGCGGCGCCUCGUUCUGGCAGCAAAGCAUGUGCGCGACCCUCAAGGUCCCCCAGACCCUCGGCAUCCCCGCGCAGAUCUACGAUCUGUCCUUCUCGCAGUGGUACAUGGUGCAGGGCACGAUCGUCCUCGUCUUCAACACCGUCGAGUCUGCGCGCAACGUCAUCCGCGCGCGCCGCGCCCGCGGCGACCGUAGCAGAUGGGCGCUUUUCGGACUUUUGCCCUUCUUCGGCACCUGGGUCUUGGUCGUCGCAUAUCUGUACUUGCAGCCGCUGAUCCGCACCCAGCAUCUUGUGCCGUUUGUCAUUCUGGCGGGGCUCAUCAACGCGUAUAGCGUUGGCCAGGUCAUCACCGCGCACCUCGUCAAGUUGCCGUUCCCCUACUGGAACGUGCUGGCCCUACCCCUUGGGUACGGCGUCAUCGACAGCCUGGGUCCGGUUCUGCAGGAGCACGUCGGCUGGGCUUCCGGGUGGCCGAGUGCGCUUGGUGCGGAUGUAUACCAGGUCUCGUUCAUGUUCUGUAUGUUAGGUAUGGCGAUCGGUGUCUACGGCUCGUUUGUGGUUGAUGUCAUCGUUACGAUUUGCGAUUACCUCGAUAUUUGGUGUCUUACGAUCAAGCACCCGUACGUUGAGGGUAAGGAGGCUAAUGGGGAUGGGGCUAAGAAGGUGAACUAAAGGAUAGGCUACGGGGAGAGAGUAUGUAAUGGAAAACUAAGGGGGCUGAAGUUGAGGCUGUGUGGUUAAGCAGGAAUGGGGGUAAUGACCGAAUGCUUUGAAAGGGGAAGGAGUCGGCAAAGGGGUUAACAUGAGGUUCAAAACUCUCCUUGGGUUGAACUUGUUCUGAUAACCAUGGGAUACGGGAUGGAUGUCCCCUAUCCGAUAUUCCUUAUGAAUUUAAUGCAUGGGGCUACGAAUUUUGCAGGUUUACUACCUACGAGGCUUAGAUGGAAGCAAUAUCAGGUUCUAGGUUCUAGGUAAGGAGGCCAGAGGAUACAAAGGCGGAAUUAAGAGCCCGGGUCCUGGUUCUGAAAGGAGGUAUACUGAAAGGCGUAUACGCGGGAUAACGAUGGGACGACGAGCGCGAAGUGUCUAAGCUGCUCUGCGAUAUUCAUUACGUUGCUUACAUUACUUGUAAUGAUGAUAGGUGCUUUUCGGAAUUCGGUAUACCCCUAGGUCGGGAUUGGGGAAGUUUUGAUGUCUACGUACUUAGCUAAAGGUCCAGGAGCAAUAGCUCCUAGGAGGGAAGGGCGAAUCCUAAUGCCCGCGUCAGUUAAUACCCAUUAAAUGAUAUUCUAUAAUCGUUCCAA